AUGUCCUCCUCGACUAUUUCGCAGAAAAAAUUGGCCGAUACUUUAUCUAUUGCCGAGAAACUGGAUGUUGUGCUAGCAUACACGAGUAUCUUAGGAAACACAUUCUUUAGUCUUCUGACCGGUAUAUGGCGUACAAAAAAUGCGAAGAGGGGAAGUUAUAAGAGAUAUGUCCUUCUUACAGCUGUGAGGACUAUGUGUAGGAGAAUGAGUCCUAGGCAAAUUUUAUAUGUCAAUCCAAACACCGAUCAUGCAUACCAAACCGUUUGCAAGCAGCGGGGUGUAGAGCCCUUGAGCGAGACUUUGGAGGAUGGAACGCAGGCGCACUGGAUAGGCAAAAAAGGAGCGAAGAAAGUAAUUCUUAAUUUCCAUGGGGGUGGGUUUGCACUUCCUGCAAGCCCCGACGCCGUCGAAUAUAUGUUUAGGCUUGUGGAUGGUGCAGAGAAAGAGGGAAAGAGUUUGGCAGUAUUGUUCCUAUCUUAUGAUCUUUCCCCGAGUAGGGUCUAUCCUCGGCAAUUGGAACAAGCUGCCGCGUUGCUGAAUCAUGUCGUUCAAACUUUGAACUACGCUCCAUCCUCUAUAAUCCUAGCCGGCGACUCCGCAGGCGCAAAUCUCGUUCUCGCUCUGCUGUCUCACAUCAUGCAUGGUCAUCCAAAUGAAAGCAUUCCUCGAGUUCACCUCUCAGAACCACUGGAUGGAGCUGUGCUCUUAGCACCUUGGAUUACAUUUGCCACCAGCUCUAAAUCCUACGAGAGGAAUGAAUAUAAAGAUCUAAUUCAUCCCUCCGCUAUCAGAAUUUGGUCAAGCGAUUAUCAGGCUUCUGCUCCAUCAGAUAACUACAUUGAACCACUCUACGCUUCCUCAUCAUGGUGGUCACGUCUUCCCACCGCCGUGUCAUCAAUUUUAAUCGUAGCUGGUGAAGACGAAGUCUUUGUCGACGAUGUGAAAGCCUUCGCGGACAACUUGCAGAAAGUAGGAACGGAAACGGGUGGUGUGGAAAUUAAGUUGUUCGUGGUGGAGAAUGAGUAUCAUGACCAACCUAAUUUUGGGUUUGGAGAGGAUUGUCUUGAAAAGAAGGGUAGUCAAGGGUGGGAGAUUGGAAAUUGGACUUGGGGAAGAUGCUAG